UCGAGCGCGGAGAGGCGCUGCUGCAGUUAACUCCUCCCUGCCCGCCGCGCCGACCCUCCCCCAGAUUCCCCGCUCAGCCAGCAUGAAGCGAGCCCACCCUGAGUACAGCUCCUCGGAUAGCGAGCUGGACGAGACCAUCGAGGUGGAAAAGGAGAGUGCGGAUGAGAAUGGGAACUUGAGUUCAGCUUUAGGGUCCAUGUCCCCAACUACAUCUUCACAGAUCUUGGCCAGGAAAAGACGGAGAGGCAUUAUUGAGAAGCGCCGACGAGACCGGAUCAAUAACAGUUUGUCUGAGCUGAGGAGGCUAGUACCCAGUGCUUUUGAGAAGCAGGGGUCUGCCAAGCUAGAAAAAGCCGAGAUCCUGCAGAUGACGGUAGAUCACCUGAAAAUGCUACACACUGCAGGAGGGAAAGGCUAUUUUGACGCGCACGCCCUUGCUAUGGACUAUCGGAGUUUGGGGUUUCGGGAAUGCCUGGCCGAAGUCGCCCGUUACCUGAGCAUCAUUGAAGGACUGGAUGCCUCGGACCCUCUUCGAGUUCGCCUGGUCUCACAUCUGAACAACUAUGCCUCCCAGCGGGAAGCGGCGAGCGGCGCCCACGCAGGCCUUGGACACAUUCCCUGGGGGAGCGCCUUCGGACAUCACCCGCACGUCGCGCACCCCCUGCUGCUGCCCCAGAGCACCCACGGGAACACUGGCACCUCGGCCUCACCCACGGAAUCCCACCACCAGGGCAGGUUGGCCACAGCACAUCCGGAGGCGUCCGCUUUGCGAGCGCCCCCUAGCGGCGGCCUUGGACCGGUGCUCCCGAUGGUCACCUCCGCCUCCAAACUCUCUCCACCCCUGCUCUCCUCCGUGGCCUCCCUGUCGGCCUUCCCCUUCUCUUUCGGCUCCUUUCACUUACUGUCUCCCAAUGCACUGAGCCCUUCGGCACCCACGCAGGCAGCAAACCUUGGCAAACCCUAUAGACCUUGGGGGACGGAGAUCGGAGCUUUUUAAUGAACUGAUGCUGUAGAAUGAGGGAGGGGAAAGCUUAAAUUCCCAGCUGAGCUGGGCUGUUGCCAACAUCACCUUAAAGUCAUCGGUAAAAUAAGAAGGAAAAAGGUACACUUUCAGAUAAACUUUGUUGAAAGACGAAAGGUUUGUUGGUUUACUUUUUUUUUUUAAUGUUUUUUUAAUCAUGUCAUGUAUUAGCAGUUUAAAAACUAGUUGUUAAAUUUUGUUCCAAACAUUAAAUUGAAAUAGUGAGUAUAAACCCACAAAUUGGUGAUAGGUUUGUACUGUGCCUAAUUUACUUUGUUAACCUGUCUAAGAGAGAUCCCGUUUUUGUCCCAAAGUUUUGGGGAUUUUAACAUUUAGUAUUUUGGGUCUGUUCUUCUUGUAUAGUUACAGUCUCUUUUUAGAAUUAAUUUUCCAAACCACUGUGCUCAAUGUUAACAUGAUGCUAUUUUGUUAAUAUUUUGACAAGUAAGGUAUUGUAUAAAUGAUAGUCUUUGGGGGUGGGCUGUAUUGAAUUUUAUAUUUCUGAGUGAAGCGUUGACAAAUCAGAUGAUCAGCUUUAUCCAAGAAAGACUAGCUAAUUUUCUGCCUCCUACAGCAGUGAGGUGAAUGUACACACCAUUAGGGGCCCUGAAUCUGAAUGACCAGUCACUGUCGUCUGCCAGGAUUCACAGUUCUGGCUUGGCUAGGAGAGGUCUGGGUUUGGAGUUGGUAGGGAAGGGACGGACGGCAGUUGCAUAGAAUAUGUCUGCAUUUAUCAGUCUCAAGCAAUGCAAUGAAUUUUUAAUUUCACAGAUCUCAAGUUCACAGAUGUUAACAUGGAUAAGUGAUCAUGGUGUGCAAGUGGUCAAUGGAAUAGUCCAGUGGAACCUGUUAAAUUCAUAACCUAAUUCUUCCCGGA